AUGAACGAGGAGGCGGCCCAGAAGAGCGACAGCGGCGAGAAAUGCAACGGCGGCAGCCAGCGGAGGAAGAGACCCAAGAAGUCUGACAGCAAUGCAAGCUUUCUCCGAGCUGCCAGAGCUGGCAAUUUGGACAAAGUAGUGGAAUACCUGAAAAGUGGAAUAGACAUUAACACCUGUAAUCAGAAUGGACUCAAUGCUCUGCACCUGGCUGCCAAAGAGGGCCACGUGGGACUGGUACAGGAAUUGUUGGAAAGAGGCUCGGCUGUGGAUUCUGCCACUAAGAAAGGGAAUACAGCCCUGCACAUCGCAUCCUUAGCAGGGCAAGCUGAAGUUGUCAAAGUUCUGGUGAAGGAAGGAGCCAAUAUUAAUGCACAAUCUCAGAAUGGCUUUACUCCUUUGUACAUGGCAGCUCAAGAGAACCACAUUGAGGUGGUGAAAUAUCUCCUGGAGAAUGGAGCCAACCAAAGCACAGCUACCGAGGACGGUUUCACCCCUCUGGCUGUGGCACUGCAGCAGGGACACAACCAGGCGGUGGCCAUCCUUCUGGAGAACGACACCAAGGGCAAGGUGCGGCUGCCGGCGCUGCACAUCGCCGCCAGGAAGGACGACACCAAGUCGGCGGCGCUGCUUCUGCAGAACGACCACAACGCCGACGUGCAGUCCAAGAUGAUGGUGAAUAGGACGACUGAGAGCGGCUUCACCCCUUUGCACAUCGCCGCGCACUAUGGCAACGUCAACGUGGCCACGCUGCUGCUGAACCGCGGAGCUGCCGUCGACUUCACCGCCAGGAAUGGAAUCACCCCACUGCAUGUGGCUUCCAAAAGGGGAAACACAAACAUGGUGAAGCUCUUGUUGGAUCGCGGAGGGCAGAUCGAUGCCAAAACCAGGGAUGGACUGACCCCACUGCACUGUGCGGCACGAAGUGGCCAUGACCAGGUUGUGGAGCUGCUCCUGGAGAGAGGUGCCCCGCUGCUCGCACGGACCAAGAAUGGACUCUCCCCACUCCACAUGGCAGCCCAGGGGGACCACGUGGAAUGUGUCAAGCACCUGCUGCAGCACAAAGCUCCUGUGGACGACGUGACUCUGGACUACCUGACUGCCCUGCACGUGGCCGCUCACUGCGGCCACUACCGUGUCACCAAACUCCUGCUGGACAAGAGGGCCAACCCCAAUGCCCGUGCCCUGAAUGGUUUUACUCCACUGCACAUUGCCUGCAAGAAAAAUCGCAUCAAAGUCAUGGAACUCCUGGUGAAAUAUGGGGCUUCAAUCCAGGCUAUAACAGAGUCGGGCCUCACACCAAUACACGUGGCUGCAUUUAUGGGCCACUUGAACAUAGUCCUCCUUCUGCUGCAGAACGGAGCCUCUCCCGAUGUCACUAACAUUCGUGGAGAAACUGCAUUGCACAUGGCAGCACGUGCUGGGCAGGUGGAAGUGGUUCGCUGCCUCCUGAGGAACGGGGCCCUGGUUGAUGCCCGAGCCAGGGAAGAACAGACCCCACUGCACAUCGCCUCUCGCCUGGGCAAGACAGAGAUUGUGCAGCUGCUGCUUCAGCACAUGGCCCACCCUGACGCUGCCACCACCAAUGGCUACACCCCCCUGCACAUCUCUGCCCGUGAGGGGCAGCUCGACGUCGCCUCCGUGCUCCUCGAGGCAGGCGCCUCACACUCCAUGUCCACCAAGAAGGGAUUCACACCGUUGCAUGUGGCGGCCAAAUAUGGGAGCCUGGAAGUGGCAAAGCUCCUGCUGCAGCGUCGUGCCUCUCCUGAUUCUGCUGGCAAGAACGGCCUCACCCCGCUGCACGUGGCGGCGCACUACGACAACCAGAAGGUGGCGCUGUUGCUGCUGGAGAAGGGCGCCUCGCCUCACGCCACCGCCAAGAAUGGAUAUACCCCUCUGCAUAUUGCUGCCAAGAAAAACCAGAUGCAGAUAGCUACAACUCUGCUGAACUAUGGGGCCGAGACCAACAUUUUGACCAAGCAGGGAGUCACCCCACUUCAUUUGGCCUCCCAGGAAGGUCACACUGACAUGGUGACUUUGCUGUUGGAGAAAGGAUCCAACAUCCACGUGUCAACAAAGGCUGGACUGACAUCCUUACACCUUGCAGCUCAAGAGGAUAAAGUGAAUGUAGCUGAGAUCCUCACCAAACAUGGUGCAAACCAGGAUGCUCAGACCAAGCUUGGUUAUACACCUUUAAUUGUGGCCUGUCACUAUGGAAACAUCAAAAUGGUGAAUUUUCUCCUCAAGCACGGAGCAAAUGUCAAUGCUAAAACAAAGAAUGGGUACACCCCCCUUCACCAGGCUGCUCAGCAAGGCCACACUCACAUCAUCAAUGUUCUGCUGCAGCACGGGGCCAAGCCCAACGCCAUCACCACCAAUGGUAACACAGCCUUAGCCAUCGCCAGGCGCCUGGGAUACAUCUCCGUGGUCGAUACGCUGAAGGUUGUAACGGAGGAGAUCACCACCACCACAACUACUGUAACAGAGAAGCACAAGCUAAAUGUACCUGAGACAAUGACUGAGGUCUUGGAUGUGUCAGAUGAAGAAGGUGAUGACACAAUGACAGGAGAUGGGGGGGAGUACCUUAGGCCAGAAGACCUCCGGGAGCUGGGAGAUGACUCUUUGCCAAGCAGCCAGUUCUUAGAUGGAAUGAACUACCUGAGGUACAGCUUGGAAGGAGGACGCUCGGACAGCAUCAUGCCCAGUUCCGACAGGUCCCACACGCUGAGCCACGCCUCCUACCUGCGCGACAGCGCCAUGAUCGACGACACCGUGGUCAUCCCCAGCCAGCAGGUAACAACUCUGGGCAAAGAAGCUGAAAGGAAUUCAUAUCGCUUAAGCUUGGGCCCUGAAAUCUUGGACAAUGUGGCUCUUUCUUCCAGCCCUAUUCAUUCAGGCUUCCUGGUGAGUUUCAUGGUGGACGCUCGCGGCGGCGCCAUGCGGGGCUGCCGGCACAACGGGCUGCGCAUCAUCAUCCCCCCGCGCAAGUGCACGGCGCCGACGCGCGUGACGUGCCGCCUGGUGAAGCGCCACAGGCUGGCCACCAUGCCGCCCAUGGUGGAGGGAGAAGGGCUGGCCAGCCGCCUCAUCGAAGUGGGACCCUCUGGGGCUCAGUUCCUUGGUAAACUUCAUCUGCCUACGGCUCCUCCCCCACUUAAUGAGGGAGAAAGCUUGGUCAGCCGAAUCCUUCAGCUGGGGCCUCCUGGGACCAAAUUCCUUGGGCCCGUGAUUGUGGAGAUUCCCCAUUUUGCUGCCCUGCGUGGGAAGGAGAGAGAGCUGGUGAUCCUGCGCAGCGAGAACGGGGACAGCUGGAAGGAGCAUUUCUGUGAAUACACUGAGGAUGAGCUGAACGAAAUCCUGAAUGGGAUGGAUGAAGUACUUGACACUCCAGAGGAGCUUGAGAAGAAGCGGAUCUGCCGCAUCAUCACCCGGGAUUUCCCUCAGUACUUCGCAGUGGUGUCCCGGAUCAAACAGGACAGCAACCUCAUCGGGCCCGAGGGAGGGGUGCUGAGCAGCACCGUGGUCCCACAGGUGCAGGCAGUCUUCCCAGAAGGCGCGCUCACCAAGAGAAUUCGAGUUGGCCUCCAGGCUCAGCCUAUGCACACUGAACUUACAAAGAAGAUUUUGGGCAACAAGGCUACCUUCAGCCCCAUAGUCACACUGGAGCCCAGGAGGAGGAAAUUCCAUAAGCCCAUCACGAUGACAAUCCCUGUGCCCAAGGCCUCCAGCGACGGGCUCAUGAACGGCUAUGGAGGCGACACGCCCACUCUAAGGUUACUAUGCAGCAUAACAGGAGGAACCACCCCUGCCCAAUGGGAAGACAUCACUGGGACAACACCAUUGACCUUUGUUAAUGAAUGUGUUUCCUUCACAACAAAUGUGUCUGCCAGAUUUUGGUUGAUAGACUGUCGUCAGACACAAGAAUCUGUUACUUUUGCUUCCCAAGUGUACAGAGAAAUUAUCUGUGUCCCCUACAUGGCCAAAUUUGUGGUGUUUGCCAAAUCCCAUGAUCCCAUUGAAGCACGGUUAAGAUGUUUCUGCAUGACGGAUGACAAAGUGGAUAAAACUCUAGAACAACAAGAAAACUUUGCUGAAGUUGCCAGAAGCAGGGACGUAGAGGUAUUAGAAGGAAAACCCAUCUACGUUGACUGCUUUGGCAAUUUGGUGCCUCUCACAAAGAGUGGGCAACACCAUAUAUUCAGUUUCUUUGCCUUCAAAGAGAAUAGACUUCCUCUAUUUGUUAAGGUCCGAGAUAGCACUCAAGAGCCCUGUGGACGAUUAUCGUUCAUGAAGGAGCCAAAAUCCACCAGAGGCCUCGUUCAUCAAGCCAUAUGUAAUUUAAACAUCACUUUACCCAUCUAUACAAAGGAAUCGGAUUCAGAUCCAGAACCAGAAGAGGUUGAUAUGACUUCAGAAAAAAAUCAACAGGAUGAUCAGGAAAGGACAGAGGAAAGACUAGCCCACAUCGCAGAUCAUCUUGGAUUCAGCUGGACAGAGCUAGCAAGAGAACUGGACUUCACAGAAGAGCAAAUUCACCAGAUCCGAAUUGAAAAUCCCAAUUCGCUUCAAGACCAGAGCCAUGCACUCCUCAAAUAUUGGCUUGAAAGGGAUGGCAAACACGCAACAGAUACCAGUCUGACCCAGUGUCUCACGAAAAUCAACCGCAUGGACAUCGUUCACCUGAUGGAGACCAACGGCAUAGACCCCAUGCAGGGCCACGGCACGCGCACCUACACGGACACGGAGCAGUCCCUGGCCUUGGACCACAGUGAAGGGUUUUCAGCCCUGCAGGAGGAAGUGUACAGCUCGAGACACAAGCAAGAGCAGCAGAGAAUAUCUAAGGACGGCGAGCCAACCGAGCACCCACCUCUGGUCUCCGAGGAAGACGUGUCUGUCAGUUAUUCCCCGUUCCAGGACAGUACUCCCAGGAGUGAGGCAGAAGUGUCCAUGGCUGAGCUUCUGAGGCAAGCACACAAGGAACAAGUAGAAGCUGAAUUCUCAGGGAAACCCCAAGACGUACCAGGGAAACCAUCCGCUUCACAACAGGAAUAUUUCGUCACAACUCCAGGAGUGGAGCAGCCCAUGGGAGCUGGAAAAGCGGCGAGCGGGCAAUCUGCGCACUCUAGCGCAGCAAAGGGAGAGACGCAGAGAGGGGCCUCCCCCAUCGUCCAAGAGCCCGAGGACCCCCAGCUGCCCCAGGAAAGCCUCUCUCCAAGGAGAUCCAGUCUCAUGAUAGUGGAGUCCACUGAGGAGCAGAUGGAGAAAUCUGGAAGGGGCUAUGAAGAGGAAUCUUUAGAAAAGGCUGAUAGUAUGCCUGAAAUACCACCAGAAACAGUCACAGAAGAGCAGUACACAGAUGAACAUGGCCACACAGUGGUCAAGAAGGUGACUCGGAAGAUCAUCCGGCGCUACGUCGCUCCAGAUGGCACCGAGAAAGAGGAAGUGCUAAUGCAGGGAGCACCGCAAACCCCCGUCAGUGUGGAAGAGGGAGAUGGUUAUUCCAAAGUGGUGAAGCGAGUUGUGCUGAAGAGUGGCAGUGAGCACUCAGAGGUAGGGUGUGCUUUGGCACAGAGCAGCAGCACCCCAGCAGGGCUCUUAGUCACUGCAGCUUAGCGUGCUCCUUCUGCCACUCAGGCCUAGAACCCCAGAUACAGGAAGUUUACCUUGCUGGUCUCUUCUUGCUUUGAAGAGGCUUAAAACAUCUAGGACUUAAACAAAAACUGUAUCACAGCCAGGUAAUUAAAAAUGAAAACAGCCUGAAAAGGUAAGUGCCUUCCUGCUAUACUUCCCUGUCUGGCCUUACAGGCACAGCUGAGUUGUGAUGGAGGGCCUGAACCUGGCAAUGGACAGUGGAGCAUGCUUUCAGCAGCGCUGGGCUAAAAUCAAGGUGCAGCCAGCAGUUAUUGCAAUUGUGAAAAACACACUGGCAUAUUUGUUUGCUGGAAUUAAUCAUCAGAAAUAAUUCUUUAGGAGUAAAGUAACAAGGAAAAAGGGUCUUAAUUUUGCUCUUUUUUUCUCUCCCUCCAUUUUUUCUCUUUUCCUUUUUUCUCUUUUCCUUUUUUCUCUUUUCCUUUUUUCUCUUUUCCUUUUUUCUCUUUUCCUUUUUUCUCUUUUCCUUUUUUCUCUUUUUCCCUUUUUCCCUUUUUCUCUUUUUCCUUUUUUCUCUUUUUCCUUUUUUUCCUUUUUUUUCCUUUUUCCCUUUUUCCUUUUUUCCCCUUUUUCCUUUUUUCCCCUUUUUCCUUUUUUCCCCUUUUUCCUUUUUUCCCCUUUUUCCUUUUUUCCCCUUUUUCCUUUUUUCCCCUUUUUCCUUUU